AUGGCGCCACCAGCAAACGACUACGCGUUCCUCCUUAUCCCCGGCUCGUUCGCAACACCCGCAGCUUACACCAAGCUUGUUGAAGGCCUGCGUGCUCAUAUCCAAGAGACUCACAUCAUCGACCUUCUCUCUGUCAACGAUGGCUCGCGGCAGCCACCAGCAACAAUGGAAGACGACGCAGCACACAUUCGCCAAGCCACACUGUCCAUCCUAGACGACCCAAGCAACCCUAAAAACAUCGUUGUCGUACCUCAUUCCUACGGCGGCAUUCCCACGACCUGCGCUUUGAAAGGCCUUAAUACGAAAGCCCGACAAGAGCAAGGAAAAGCACAUCUGUGA